AAAUCACAUAGCAACCUAUAUAAAUCACACAGCAACCUAUAUAAAUCACAUAGCAACCUAUAUAAAUCACAUAGCAACCUAUAUAAAUCACAUAGCAACCUAUAUAAAUUACACAGUUUACAUAGCAACCUAUAUAAAUUACAUCGCAACCUAUAUAAAUCACAUAGCAACCUACGCAAAUUACACAGCAACCUAUAUAAAUCACAUAUCAACCUAUAUAAAUUACAUAGCAACUUGUAUACAUAUUAC